UAAUCUGCCGCGAGUCCCUGGAGGACUCGUUUUUCCCUUUGGGGACUUUUUUUCUUCUCUAAGUUUGGUCCCGGAACCGCUUUGAGUUUCAGCUGGUGGUUCGUAACGCCCAAGGUUUCUCCCUGUCGGGGAGCGGCAUAGCUUGGAAAGUCUUAUUUGAUUGGUAAGAAUAAGGGACAUUCCAGCGAUGGAGGGGGAUCAACAGCAAGAGAUUGCUGCUGAACCCGAACCCUUACCUAGUGCAGAAGGCGACGGUCCAGACGAUGCUUCAGACAUUGCAUCAAAUAUUUCUGAUGCAGAUGCCUUAAAGAUACUUCUGGAGAUGAAGAUGAAGAAGAGACAAAAGAAGCCCAGCCUUCCAAGCACCGUGACAGAAUUUGCAACUGAAGAGGGAUCCAAAGUUUACGUCGUUGGUACAGCCCACUUUAGCGAUAGCAGCAAAAAAGAUGUAGUAAAGACAAUACAGGAGGUCCAGCCUGAUGUGGUUGUGGUCGAGCUGUGCCAGUAUAGAGUUUCUAUGUUAAAAAUGGAUGAAAAAACUUUGCUAAAGGAAGCCAAAGAAAUCAACCUGGAGAAGCUUCAGCAAGCUGUAAAGCAGAAUGGGCUCAUGUCUGGAUUGAUGCAAAUGCUGCUGCUGAAAGUGUCUGCGCAUAUCACGGAACAAUUAGGAAUGGCUCCCGGAGGUGAAUUCAGGGAAGCUUUCAAAGAGGCGAGUAAAGUGCCUUUCUGCAAGUUUCAUCUUGGAGAUAGACCUAUUCCAGUCACAUUCAAGAGAGCCAUUGCUGCACUUUCUGUCUGGCAAAAAAUAAAGCUUGCUUGGGGCCUCUGUUUCCUGUCUGAUCCAAUCAGUAAAGAUGAUGUGGAGAAAUGCAAACAAAAGGAUUUACUGGAGCAAAUGAUGGCAGAAAUGAUUGGAGAAUUUCCAGAUCUUCACCGAACGAUUGUUUCAGAAAGAGAUAUUUAUUUGACUUACAUGCUGAAGCAAGCUGCAAAAAGGACAGAACUACCUCGUGCUUCUGAAGCUGAACCUAGAAGAUGCGUCCCUUCCGUUGUAGUUGGGGUGGUCGGCAUGGGUCACGUACCAGGGAUUGAAAAGAACUGGAACACUGAUUUGAAUAUCCAGGAAAUAAUGAGUGUGCCUCCUCCAUCCACAUCCAGUAAAAUCUUAAAGUUUGUUAUAAAGGCAACAAUAUUUGGACUGGUGGGCUACGGCUGCUAUAGGAUGGGACACAGGACACUUCGGUUUAUUCUUUCUGUGCCCAUUACACAGAAGUAUCUUCAGAAAUUGAUAGACCUAAAAUCUCAGCAUUGAUUCAGGAGACUUUGCUUCUGGUUGGGACAAAAUGGAAUGCACAAGGAAACUGGAAAACAAGGCAAGAGAGUUUUUGUCCCAAAGUCUGUUCUGAUGCCAAGUUACUGCAUAAGCAUUGGAUUGGCAUUAAGUGCUACACCAGCUGCGAUCUAUACAAUUAAGUGUUUUCUUAUCAAUCUAAUAAAAUGUCUGGCAUGAACAUAUAUGCCAAUAUAAGGUACCUAGAAUAUGUACACAUAUAUUAUAUUAAUAUGUGUAUGUAGCAUAUUUAUAAUGAUGAAAUAAUACAAUAA